UACUAGUAGUCGGUGCCUAAUCAGAUGGAAAUAAUAAUUUUGUCAGUUCUAUAUUUGUUACACGUUGGUUUCGUAAGCUGUGGAUCGGGGACAACUGGAUACAAGUUAUUAAACUUCGCUAUACCGGACGCGCGGUUAUUGAAGAAAUCGCUGAGAUUUGAUGAAGACAUUUAUCUCAACUUUACAGAACUUGCCCACAAAUACAAAUACUCCACCGAGGAACACCAUGUUGCCACCGAUGACGGGUACAUUCUGACUGUGUUCAGAAUUUUGCCAAAAUGUCGAAACAUCACCGGCUAUCCCAUAAUAUUGCUUCACGGUAUCUUCGAUAGCUCAGACGUGUUCAUUCUAGCCGGACCGCAGAAUGGGUUAGGUUAUGUUUUGACUGAUAAUUGUUAUGAUGUGUGGGCCGCUAACCAUAGAGGCAACGUAUACUCGAGGAAGCAUGUGGCUCUAGAUCCAAACAAAGACUCCGAAUACUGGAACUAUUCGUUCGACGAACAUGGUGUUUACGAUCUUCCGGCCGUUAUAGACUACGUAAUGAAUAGCACUGGUCUGCCGAAAGUGAACUACAUCGGACACUCCCAGGGUACCACGGAUUUCUUCACGAUGGCCUCUUUAAAACCAGAUUACAAUGCCAAAAUUCAGCUCUCAGUGCAUCUAGCUCCAGUUGUAUUUUGGAAAAACUUCGGUAUACCAGUAUUAAAAUUUCUAGCGCCGUCUGUGAAUAGUUUGAAAGAUGCUCUAGACAAAGCCGGGCUCAGUGAGGUUUUAGCCAAGCAUCAGUUGGCUCACGUCUUCAUGGAGUACUCUUGUCGUUUUGUUCCUAACGAAAUAUGUGGAACUGGCCUCUAUAUUACUACAGGAUACAAAAGUGGUACUAUAUCGUCCAGGACAUUGUCCGCUGCAGGAGGACAUCUCUUCUCAGGAACAUCAACUAAAAGUUUGGCGCACUUAGGACAGCUGAUAACCUCGCAAAAGUUCCAGCGCUUCGAUGAAGGAACGUCGGGGAACAUCCAAAGAUAUGGUACACGUCUACCACCUGAAUAUGAUUUGUCCAAAGUGACAUCUCCAGUGCUUUUGAUGACAGCUCAAAAUGACUAUCUUUCACCUUUGGAGGACGUUAAAGAACUGGCUUCGAAACUACCAAAUUUAGUAGAAAACGUAAUUAUUCCUAAUCCAACGUGGAGUCAUAAUAAUCAUUUGUGGGGGAAAGAUGUUUGGAAAUUUGAACUUCCUAAGAUUUUAGAGUAUAUAAAGUAUUAUAAUUCUUAGUGUUUUUACUAAGAACUAGUUCUUAAAUAUGAAUAAAUUCUUAAAGUGCAGGACAUUGUGGAGUUAAAAUAUCCAAAGAUUAUGAAUAAGUUAAUUUACAGACAUUUAUAAAUAAUUGAAACAUUAAUUAAAUCAAAUAUUAAAUAGUCUUUUUACUUA